UUGGAUGCCCAUCAGUGUUUUUCACUGUCCCAAUGUAAAGUUCCAUAGCAUGGAUACAAUGUUGCUAACAGACACAUGUUCCUCAGGCUAUAUCAGUGUUCGUGACAAGAAGUGUUAAGGUACCUAAAAUCAAAUAUCAGGACCAAUGUCAGCUAUUCAUAACGGGUCGACACGGACAGAAGAAAAAAAUCUCGGGAAUAAGGAAUACAUCGACUUUGACAUUGUAGCAGUGACACUUGUCACCUUACCGUAUAAAAUGAACUAUGCCUAAAAGUGGACGGAUCACUUAAUAUGUACAAGACAUCUGAGACACCACCAUGGAGAACAACGAUGCACCUGUCGAGUUUAACGAUGACAGGACAGUGUGUGUGACAUCAGUGAAAGAGUUAAAGGACAACUGGCAGAGAUGGUCCAACGAGCACCAGGAGUACCAGAAACACAACCCCUUCAGUAACGACCAGGGGGCCUUGGUGAGUGUGACUGCCCAGCAGCAGAGGCUCCAGCGGGACCAGGAUGGCUACGGGAAGCCCCUGGAGGGCUCCUUGACAGAGCAGAGGGGCCAGGACGCCCACGUCCACAUCAGCCGGGAGGUGGAGGAGCUCUGCCAGGUGAUCAGGGACAUCGGGGAGAGCCGUGGCGGUGGGGACGGAGGCAGCGAGGAGAGACCUGUGGUGACGGUGGAGUUUGGGAAGCUGUUUGAGCACUAUGUGAACAUCUCCAACAAGGUGGUGGGGAUCCUGCUGAGGGCCAGAAAACAAGGCCUGGUCAGCUUUGAAGGGGAGAUGCUGUGGCAGGGGCAGGAUGACAGGGUCCUCAUCACACUGCUACAGUCACUGGGAUGCGAUGACAGGGUCGCCAUUAUGCUGCUGCAGUGACCAGGUUGAUGCAGCCGAUGGACAAGACGGUAACCAAGGCCCUGUCCAGAAACAUCCCCUAGCCCUUAGGCACUCAUGUACAGUAGUUGUGAAAGGAUUGGAUAGGUCUAAGCAAUAUGAUGAAAAUUACAUUAGGUAGCAAGGUGCAGCUACAACAUCUAUCAAUUCUUUCAGAUUUACACCUGCACUUAGCAGGGGUAGUUGUUUCUGGGCAGGGCCCAAGAGAACCAACCUGUGGCAGCAGUGACAUGCAAUAUGGUGCUGUAGGAUGAACCUGAGCCUAUUGGCCUGAAUGGACUUUGCGUUGCAUUCCCAGUUACACCACACCGCUACACUGUAAUCUACGUAGCGUUUACAAUGUUCCUUAGCAACCUUUGUAAUUAGACACAGAGGAAAGGUGUACUUUUUGGGGCACAAAUACAACACACUGACACUAUAGGCUUAUGUUAGAAAUUCUGGAAGUAGGCUAUGAAACUGCAUACAUGGUUGACAAUGUAGCAAAAUGUACCACCGUUAUAUUUACAUUCAGUGGAAAUAGCACAUCACUUUUUGGGCCACUGGCAUUUGUGGAAUUCACAUUGUUCAACCUAACAAGGGUUGUUUGAGGAAUGCUUUUGCAGCUACUUGCACUCAUAACACAAUAUGAUGAAAUGUACUGUAACACUUUACUCAUUUGAAAAAUAAUUAUUUUGUCACCAAUUAAUAUACUUUAUUCCACACACACACACACACACACACGUGUUCAUGUUUACAAAGGAAAGCACUGAUGUUUUUCAAUAAAGUCUUCCUACAGAUCACCAAAAAUGACUGUUAAUUCAUGAUAAAUUGCAUUAGAAUGAUAGGUAACACUUUAUUUAAAGCCUGCAUAACAUAUACUUUUUAUAAGGCAUUAGAAAAGGGUCAUAAACUUUUAUAUCAAGUCAUAAAUCCUUAUAACUGCAUACUUUACAUUAAGUGUUACUGAAUGUUUCCCAUUAAUGAGAGACCAGGAAGGAAAUCUAAUACCCUAGUGGAGGCAGCAAUGCAUCAUUUAUUUAACCUAACCAUGAACCAUUUACAUAAAUACAUGUUGAGAUUUUUUUACAGCGACACGUCAACCAAUAAAUA